ACUAUCUUGGGAGUCACUGCAAAGAGAAGUAUGCCCACCAAUGCUUGGUCAACUUUCAGGUGGCAAGAAACAGGAUCAAUAUUCAUAGGUGGCUUACCAUAUCAUUAUGCAACAAAGCAGGUAUCAGAACCUGUCUACAAUUUUACAGGCUGUAUAGAAGUUACAGAAAUCAAUAAUCUGGGACCUUUCACCCUCUCUAAUGCUGUGGACAAAAACAAUAUUGACAGCUGCAGGGUUCCUGUAUCUGAAGAAACAUCAGCAGUCAUCUCUGGUACAGUUUCUGAUAUAUCUGAAGUGCUUCAGUCAGUUUUGCCCUCACCUACUCAUCCUGCAUUAUUGUCAGCCUGCCAGGAGAAUUUGUGCCAUAAUGGAGGGACCUGCCAUCAGAUUUAUCUUCCUGGCAGUGCUACUUCAUUUCAUUGUGACUGCCCUCUACAUUUCACCGGGCGCUUCUGUGAAAAAGAUACAACACUUUUUUUCCCAUCAUUCAGUGAGAAUUCAUAUUUAGAACUUCCUUCUGUAACGUGUCUUACUGGAAUUAGAUCUCCAACAGGGCAAGAAUUUAACAGAAUGAUGAUCUACUUGACAGUGAAGACAACAGCUUCAAAAGGCACUCUCCUUUAUAUGAGUGAUGAGGAUGCUGGAAAUCCCUUUCUUCAUCUAUACCUUGUGGAAGGAAGACCUACAGCACGGUUUGGCUGUGGUCCUUCGCAGAACAUUCUGAUGGUGACUACCAAUUUCUCCAUUAGCACAAAUGCCCUUGUGCCUAUCACAAUAAGCUAUCGAUUACCUUUGGGCAGUGCUGGUGAUUGCUGCAUGAUUGAAAUCACCACGAAUGAAAAUUCACCAAUGAGACAGGAAGUCUUUCUGAUGCAUCAACUGACUGCGGUUACCUUUGGGGCCGUAUUCCUUGGAAACGUCCCUGAUCAUAUUAAGAUUCAUCCAAGUGCUGGGCAGAUUUAUGGCUUCAGAGGCUGCAUUCGGGAGUUCCAGGUGAACAACAAAGAAUUAUUUGUCAUAGAUGAGGCCACAGGAGGAAGGAACAUUGAGAACUGCAACGUCCCCGUUUGUGACUAUCAUCCAUGUCGCAAUGGAGGCACUUGCACCAGUGAUACUGAGAACUGGUUCUGUGAAUGCUCGGCACUCUAUUCUGGGAAAUUGUGUCAAUUUUCAAACUGUGAGAAGAACCCAUGUGGGAAUGGAGCCACAUGUUUUCCAAAAUCCAACCAAGACACCGUGUGCCUUUGUCCAUAUGGAAGAACUGGGAUUCUCUGUCAUGAUGCUAUUAAUAUUACUUCUCCUAGCUUCAGUGGUACAGAUGCCUUUGGCUAUACUUCAUUCCUAGCUUAUUCAGCAAUUCCCAAUAUCAGCCUCUACUACAAAUUCCACCUGAAAUUUCGGUUGGCAAAUGACAAUUCAUCACUUCAAGAUAACCUGAUAUUUUUCACUGGGCAGAAGGGCCAAGGUCUCAAUGGGGACGAUUUCCUGGUGUUAGGCCUGCGCAAUGGCAGUGUAGUAUAUAGCUACAACUUGGGAUCUGGAACAGCCACUAUUAUUAGUGAGCCAAUAAAUAGGACGCUUCAUGUUCACCUGGUCAGUCUUGGCAAAUCUCUUCAGGCUGGAUGGCUUAAGGUGGAUGAUCAUCAGAAUAAAACUGUUAUAUCUCCAGGAAGAUUAGUUGGGCUCAAUGUCUUCAGUCAGUUUUAUGUAGGAGGCUAUGUGGAAUACAUUCCAGAACUCUUGCCAAAUGGAUCCAAUUUUAAGAAUGGCUUUCAAGGUUGCAUUUUUGAUAUUCAAGUUUGCAAUGGAAGAGAUCUUCAAUGUAAAGCGCUGGGUAUUCCAGAAGGCCAUCCAAAUUCUGGCCGCAAUGUAGGCCAGUGUGACCAAUCUCCGUGCCAACUGAUAAACUGCAGGAAUGGAGGAACGUGUGUGGAAAGAGGCUCCACUGUUUACUGUCUGUGCCAUAUUGGUUGGAAAGGGGCACUCUGCACAGAGACCAUUUCCGUGUGUGAUCCUGAACACAGCUCACCACAUAGAUGCAGGCAAGGUGCCACCUGCAUACCACUGCCUGAUGGAUACAGUUGUCACUGCCCAUUAGGAACCACCGGUAUCUACUGUGAACAAGCCCUAACCAUCAGCGAUGCAUCUUUCAGUAGCAACCACUCUUCUUGGAUGGCAUUUGAGCCCUUCAACAUUCGGCACAAGGCGCACAUCCAGUUGCAGUUCCAGCCCCUUCUGCCCAAUGGUAUCCUCUUUUAUACAGCCCAGCACUUGAAUCCACGGUCGGGUGAUUUCUUAAGUAUCUCCUUAGUAAACGGAUAUGUACAGCUACGCUACAACCUUGGCGACAGAACAGUAAUCUUACAGACUUUUCAAGACAUACACUUCACAGGUACUACGUGGCAUUUAAUUAAAGCAGGAAGAGUUGGUAAUGAAGGCUACCUGGACUUCCAUGGCAUCAAUGUAAGCCAGAAAGCUAGCAAUGGAAUGACUGCACUUGACACACACACAGAUUUCUACAUAGGAGGAGUACCCUCUUUAAAUUUGGUUAAUUCACUGGCAAUUGAGAAUGAACCCAUUGGAUUUACUGGCUGUGUUCGAGAGGUUCUUGUCAAUAACAGAGAACUGAAACUGACCAAAAUGGGGGCAAAGGGUGGUUCUAAUGUAGGGGACUGUGAUGGAACUCCUUGCGGGUACCAAGUGUGUAAACAUAAUGGAAAAUGCAAAGUUGAACAUUCUGGCUUUUUUUGCUCAUGCCCAAAGAACUGGAUUGGAAAGACGUGUGAGCAGUCUAUUUACUGUUCAUAUAGAAAGUGUCUACAUGGAGCUAUUUGUAUACCAAAUCAUAGCUUAUUAUCCUACAGUUGUGCAUGUAGACUUGGCUGGUCAGGCCGACACUGUGAAAAACAGAUCUCAUUUUUUAUUGCAAAAUUUACAGGCAAUUCCUACAUAAAGUAUGUGGACCCCAAUUAUAAAAGCAGAGACCUCAGAUUUACUAGAGUAUCUUUCAAUUUUACCACCGGUGUGACAGAAGGUUUAAUUUUAUGGCUAGGAAAGGCUGAAAAUGACGAUAAUGAUUUCCUUGCAGUUGGUCUUGCAAACGGCACACUAAAAGUUGUGGUUAAUCUCGGAGAAAGAAUAUCCAUUCCCCUCAUUUACCACAGAAAAAAUCUCUGUUGCAAUAAAUGGUACUAUGUCACCAUAGCACAAAACAAGACUCUCAUUAAAGUGUACCUUGAUGAUGAACUCAUUGUGUUUGAAGAUCUAGAUCCCCAAAGAAAAUAUGUUGCUCUAAAUUAUGGCGGCACUUGUUAUUUUGGUGGGUUUGGGCUUGAUUGGACGGAAAACACUGUCAAAACAGCGCUUUUUAAACAGGGACUGAUUGGUAAACUUAAAGAUGUUGUACUCUUUCGGGAUUCUAAGAAGAUUGCAUUAAGUAGGGGAGAAGGCUAUAAUGUUUAUAGUGGAGAUAAGGAUUAAGCAAAGGUUUUAUAGAUUAAUAAAACUUCCUUUGCAGUAAAAUAAAAAGAUGUAGCUUUCCGUUCUGUGCACAAUCCACAAUAAGGUGUUAGAAAAAGGUAAAGGUGCAAGCACUGGGUCAUUACUGAACCAUGGAGUGACCUCACAUCAAAAAGUUUACUAGGUAGACUGUUUAUAGGGAGGUUUGCCAUUGCCUUCCCCAGUCAUCUGCACUUUACCCCCUGCAAGUUCAUUUUACCAACCUUGGAAGGAUGGAAGGCUAAGUAAACCUGGCGCCGGUUACCUGAAACCAAGUUCUGCUGAAAUUGAAUUCAGGUCAUCCAUUCAGCUUUGACUGCAGUGUUGCAGCUUAUCACACUGUUCCAUGGGGCUCUUCAAGGUGUUAGAAGCUUGCAGUUAAGGCACUGACUCGUUAAGCCAAAUCAUUAUGUGAAAUUCAGUCCCCCCACCACUCCCUGCUUCUUGCUCUUUUAGGGCUGGCAAUGUCACAGCUUGUGUGCUCCUGGUCUCUACACCAGGUUUUCCUUCCUUCCUUCCUUCCUUCCUUCCUUCCUCUUCCUUCCUUCCUUCCUUCCUUCCUUCCUUCCUUCCUUCCUUCCUUCCUUCGCCACUUUGUUACAACCAGUAAUGCACAAACCCUCCUAGUCUCAGGCCUUAUGCAUAAUUUUCUCCAACUGAAUUUAUCAUAGACUCUCCCAUACAAUGGCAUGAUCUCCAUCAUGAGUUCCCUGCUUUUUGGAUCACUGCCUCUUUUCUCCCAUUUAGUCAUACUUUCUCUUCCUCUAACCACUCAUAAUUAGUCCCUUAUCACCUUAGUUCCUUGAUUCUUUUCAGCAUUUCCUCAGAUCUUAUUCUCUGCCUAUCCUCUUAAUCAUGGCCUGCUAUGCCUUUCUUUAACCACCUUACUUGUGGGUCUCCUGGCGCUUACCUCCUGGAAUUUCCCUAGCCCCAUGCAUCCCUUCUGCAAGACUUGAAUCCCAACUGAUGUUCCAACUUUCCCUUCCCUCAUACAAGCUGGACUAUAAAUUUCUUUACUUGGACAUUCUGAGCUCUCAGAUCAGUUGAGUGAAAUUCAUCACAAACUGAAAAUCCAGUAUGGAAAAAAGGCUGGCUUUCAGAAUCAGCAAAUACUGUUUGCUUAUCCUUGCUUAAAAUUCAUCAAAAAUCCUGAUUUUCAAAAAAUAACAGCUGAUAAAACAUAAUUAUUUUUGUUAGAUAUUAUUUUUAGAUAUUAUAUUUUCUAUACCUAUAUUUACUUUUGUUAUAGUUUUGUAUCCCAGGAACCAAUGAGAUGAACCGUCUAAUGAACCCAGUCCUCACCAAAUUAUAUGCAUCCUUAUCUUCAUUAUAUACUUUAUUUUGUUUUAGAACUAGAAUGUGAUCAGACAGUAAAUUAAUGCCAAAUGUAGAUAGAAAUGUAGCAAUAAAGGUUCAUAAUUAUGUUACAAAAGCCACAUUUUUGGUGGGAAAAAUGUACCAUAUCCUUUUCAGGUAUUCCUUUGUCAUUCACAAUUUGGAGGCAAUUAUUCGCUUCAUAAACUGAAUUUAAAAAAUAAAAAUACUAUAAAGAAAACUAUCUUGAUAUAGAGAAAGUGGGAAAGAUUUUGACUGUAAGAUUUAGGUCAUGCAGAGAUGACAAGAAAUGGUGAAAGAUGCAUUAACAUGGAUCUGUGAAAUAAUAAGCAUUUGCAUUGCUUGUGUAGCAUCCUUAGACUGUGUUAUGGACACACAGGCAAGAUACAUCUUAAACAAUGACUGACAACAGUAUGUUGUCAUACUCUGCCCCCCUCCUGGAUUUCUGUAACGCAAUAGGUAGGUAUUCAUUCAAAUAUUGCUAUCGUGAAUUGUGUGGUUCGGAAGCUGCUUACAGACAGUUUCAGUAACAUAGUUAACAAUAACAGAGAGGGUAAAGGAACACAAUGAAGUCAGAUAGGAACCAUAACCAUUAAAGGGGACUGUAUUAUUUCAGGUUGUAGCUAUGAUAAAAAUACGCUUUCCUAUGUUUCAAAACAUCUAGUCAUUAGCUCUAUCAAUUCUUGGUUCGUCUGUUCCUUGCUGUGUUAGUUCUCUUGUUGCAAGGAUUUAUUUUCAUGUAAGGCAGCAUUCAAUAAUGAGAUUCCCUUCUGCCUUCAAUCCAUUCUACCACUUCAGGAUUCUCACUUCAUUCUGCUACAUCAAUAUCUGGCCUCACAUUUUAACACCAAGGGAUUGUCUGUCAUUAACACCCAGCUUUCCCCUAAUUUAAGAUCAUAUAAGAACAUUUCACCAUACCUGUGAUCUCAGCUACAACUCAGAAAAUUUUAAAAAACAAAGAAAAAUUGUCAACAAGGUUUUAUGCUGAAAUAUUUUGGUGAACAGUGAAACUGCAUUUCUGGUUAUGUGUAACACAAAUGUUAUAACUGAUUUUCAGUUUUUUUCCCAUCAUACUAAGUGUUAACACCUUCAUGCAAAACAUAUCUAUCUGGGAAGUUUAAGUGAUUACAAACUGUCUUUCAAGUGUGCACAGUUGGAAUUUCAGUUUCUGCUGAUCUCCUAAACUGUAAACCCAUCAGUAUGGAUUUGGCAAUUCAUUCUGAUGGAACUCUGUGCUGGAAAAAAAUGGAAAAAUAUGUGCUUCUAAACAUGUACCUGAAUAAGGAGGAAUGAAAACUGUAUUUACAUGACUUGCAAAUACAUAGUUACCAAAACAA